CCAAUCUCAUCCGUCACCGUCAUGGGGACAACGAUGGUCAUCAUCAAUGAUGCUCAAAUUGCGGCGGAGUUGCUUGAGAAAAGGUCCUCCAAGCAUUCUUCUAGGCCGAAGCAAACAUUUGCCGGCGAAAUGAUCGGUUGGGACAACUCACUUGCGCUAUUGCCCUACAACGAUCGAUUACGAACAUACCGGAUGCACAUGAACCGCAUAAUUGGAACCAAACCUGCUGCAUCACAAUUCCACAGCCUCCAGGAGGCUGAAGUGGGCCAUUUCUUGCUACACCUCCUGGACCAGCCCGAAGAUCUAGUCCCCCAUAUUCAAAAGGAAGCAGGGUCCGUCAUUCUUAAGAUUGCCUAUGGGUAUACAACGGAGCCGUUCAAGAAUGACUUGCUUGUCGACAUGCUCGUGGAUGCCAUGGACAAAUUUUCCGUGGCCGCCGUCCCCGGUGCUUUCAUGGUCGACAUGCUCCCAUCCUUGAGAUACUUGCCAGAAUGGAUCCCUGGAAUGGGGUUUAAAAAAACGGCUCACAAAUGGGGAGCUGAGCUGACCGACGUGGUCGAGAAGCCUUACGUCUUUGUCAAUCACCUCCUGGCGCAGGGAAGUGACCGAAGCUCAUUCCUUUCGCGCCUCAUCGAGGCCGACAAUACUAAUGAAGAGAAGAGAUUCAUCAACAAAUGGUCGGCCCUGUCUCUAUACACGGCCGGCUCUGACACGAUCGUGUCCACCAUCUCAUGCUUCUUCUUAGCUAUGACUGUCUAUCCAGAAGUGCAACGCAAGGCGCAGGAGGAAAUCGACAGGGUAGUGGGCCAAGACCGCCUGCCUACGUUUGCCGACCGCGAGAACCUUCCCUAUGUUGAGGCCACUGUUAAGGAAGUUCUUCGUUGGCAUCCAGUCGGCCCCAUGGGUCUCCCUCACACAAGCACGGAAGACGAUAUUUUCGAGGGUUACUUUAUUCCCAAAGGGUCCAUUUUGUUUGCGAAUAUCUGGCACUUUACGCACGAUCCAGAAGUCUAUGAGGACCCCAUGUCGUUUAACCCUGAGCGCUUCCUUGCGAAAGACGGCCACGAGCCUGCGCCUGACCCACGCACGUUGAUUUUUGGUUUUGGUCGCCGUGUCUGCCCCGGGCGCAACCUCGCUGAUAACUCUUUAUACCUCAAUGUUGCGCAGGUUCUCGCUGUCUUUGAUAUUGGCAAGGAGGUCCAGGGCGAUAAAGAAAUUGAGCCAACGAUCAAGUUUACGCCAGGUAUCAUCAGCCGUCCUGAACCGUAUCAGAACUCGGUGAAGCCCCGCUCGCCCCAUCACGAAAUGUUGAUUCGAUCUAUUGAGAAGACACAUCCAUGGGAGGAGAGCGAUGGCAGUGUUUUGGAGAAUACCGUUUGA